AUGGCUCAGUCUGCGCGCCGCAGCGUCUUGAUCACAGGGUGCACGACGGGCGGUAUCGGUCACGCUCUUGCGCGCGAGUUUCACAAGCGCGGGUUGAGGGUGUUCGCAACUACGCGUAACCCAUCCACAAUGCGAGAUCUUGUCGACAGCCCUGACUUCGAAGCAUUCGCACUGGACGUCUUGGAUGAGAACAGCGUCCGGGCUGCAGUCACGCGCGUCAAGGACACAACCGGGGGCAUGCUGGAUAUACUUAUCAACAACGCCGGAGGCGCAGAUGUGAUCUUUCCUGCUGUAGAGACCGACAUCGAUGAGGCGAAGAAGUUAUACGACCUCAACUUCUUUUCUGUGAUACGCAUGGUCAAGGCAUUUACUCCGCUCUUGCUGAAUGCGGGACGUGUUAGCCCCGCACACAUCUUCAACAUCGGAAGUGGUGCGGGAGAAAUGGCCACGCCUUACGCCAGCAUAUACGGCUCAGCUAAGGCGGCCUUGAAGGCCUGGGGAGAUUCACUUCGGGUCGAACUCGCACCGUUCAAUAUCACAGUAACAACGGUGGUGACGGGCAUGAUCGCCAACUCCAAAAACGUAGCAGCCGUACAGCUGUCUCUCGCAGAAACUUCUAUCUACAAGCCCGUAGAGAGCGUGUUCCAAGAGAUGUUUCCUAAACUAAACGCGUCUCGUAUGCCGGCGUCGGAGUACGCAGUAAGCGUGGUAAACGAGGCUCUAAAGUCGAACCCGCGUGCGUGGCUAUAUGCGGGUAAGAUGUCUACCGUAGGAUGGGCUGUCAAGACAUUCGUGCCACUUGGGUUGGCUGAUUAUGCACUUGGAAAGACAUGGGCCUUCGACAAACUGCGGGAGCAGUGGCGAAGCUCUCCGCCGCAGGCUUCCUGA